UGGCCGCUCCACUCCGUCAUGGAGGCAGCAGCGGGGACCGCGGCGGCAGCCGCAUUUGGCACAUCUGGGAAGGCAGAAGCCGCGGCGGCAGCCCGAAUCUUCUUUGCUUCCCGCAGGGCGACUUGAGCCGCCCCGCCCGGUAGGGGUUCGUCCAGUAUGAGCGGCGGUGGCGGCUCCGGCUCCGGCUCCUCGUCGUCUGCUCCCAGCCGCUUCGCCGACUACUUCGUGAUCUGCGGGCUCGACACCGAGACUGGGCUGGAGCCGGACGAGCUCUCUGCAUUAUGCCAGUAUAUACAGGCCUCUAAAGCCCAAGAUGGUGGUAGCCGUUUCAUUUCCAGUUCUGCAGAAGGUGAAAAUUUUGAACAGACUCCACUAAGGCGUACAUUCAAGUCCAAAGUUCUUGCUCGUUAUCCUGAAAAUGUUGAAUGGAAUCCCUUUGAUCAAGAUGCAGUGGGAAUGCUAUGUAUGCCUAAGGGCCUGUCUUUCAAGACACAAGCUGAUGCCAGGGAUCCUCAGUUCCAUUCUUUUAUCAUUACCCGUGAAGAUGGCUCACGGACAUUUGGAUUUUCUCUUACAUUUUAUGAAGAAGUUACCAGCAAACAAAUCUGUAGUGCAAUGCAGACAUUGUAUCACAUGCACAAUGCAGAAUAUGAUAUUCUUCAUACUCCACCUACAAAUGACAAAGAUAACUGUAGCACUCUGGAAGACUGUAAUGACACCUCUGUAUCGAAACUGCAGCGAUUUAACUCCUAUGAUAUUAGCAGGGACACUCUGUAUGUCUCUAAGUGCAUUUGUCUGAUAACCCCAAUGUCUUUCAUGAAGGCAUGUAGAAAAGUACUUGAGCAACUCCACAGAGCUGUAACUUCACCUCAGCCACCACCAUUACCUUUGGAAAGCUUUAUUUACAAUAUACUCUAUGAAGUUCCUCUUCCUCCAGCAGGGAGAUCUCUAAAAUUUUCAGGCGUUUAUGGACCAAUUAUCUGCCAGAGGCCAAGCACCAAUGAAUUGCCAUUAUUUGACUUUCCAAUUAAAGAAGUUGUUGAAUUACUUGGAGUGGAGAAUAUGGUUCAGCUCUUUACCUGUGCUCUUUUGGAAUUUCAGAUACUGCUUUAUUCACAGCAUUACCAGAGACUGAUGACUGUGGCAGAGACAAUCACAGCACUGAUGUUUCCUUUCCAGUGGCAGCAUGUCUAUGUUCCCAUUCUCCCAGCCUCCCUCUUACACUUUCUAGAUGCUCCUGUCCCUUAUCUAAUGGGCUUGCACUCAAAUGGGCUAGAUGACCGGUCUAAACUGGAACUCCCCCAAGAGGCAAACUUGUGCUUUGUGGACAUAGAUAACCACUAUGUUGAGCUGCCAGAAGAUUUGCCUCAAUUUCCAAAUAAACUUGAAUUCAUUCAGGAAGCCUCGGAGAUCCUUAUGGCUUUUGGGAUUCCACCUGAGGGAAACUUGCAUUGUAGUGAAAGUGCCUCCAAGAUGAAAAGCCUCAGGACAUGUGAUAUAGUAUCUGAUAAAAGAAAUGGGAACAUAGCAGGGUCACCAAUCAAUUCUUAUGAACUGCUGAAAGAAAAUGAAACCAUAGCAAGGCUCCAAGCACUUGUGAAAAGAACAGGUGUGAGCCUUGAAAAGGUUGAAGUUCAGGAGGAGACUGGUAGCAAGAAAGACCUGAAAAUGCAAUGUGAUGAAGAAGAGUCCAAAGUUUACCAGCUCAACAUCCAUGUACGGGAGGUUUUUGCCAAUCGUUUCACUCAGAUGUUUGCAGAUUAUGAAGUGUUUGUUAUUCAGCCCAGUCAAGACAAGGAAUCAUGGUUUACCAACAGGGAGCAGAUGCAGAAUUUUGAUAAAGCAUCAUUCUUGUCUGACCAGCCUGAACCUUACUUGCCUUUCCUCUCAAGAUUUUUGGAGACCCAGAUGUUUGCUUCUUUUAUCGACAAUAAGAUUAUGUGCCAUGAUGAUGAUGACAAAGAUCCUAUUUUGAGAGUGUUUGAUUCUAGAGUGGAUAAAAUUAGACUACUAAAUGUUCGCACACCAACUUUGCGCACAUCGAUGUAUCAAAAGUGCACUACCAUUGAUGAGGCUGAGAAAGCUAUUGAAUUAAGGCUGGCAAAAAUAGAUCAUACUGCAGUGCAUCCCCACUUGCUCGAUAUGAAAAUUGGCCAAGGAAAAUAUGAACCUGGAUUUUUUCCUAAGCUCCAGUCUGAUGUGCUUUCUACAGGACCAGCAAGCAACAAAUGGACCAAGAGAAAUGCACCAGCACAGUGGAGGCGGAAAGAUAGGCAGAAACAACACACAGAGCACCUUCGUCUUGACAAUGAUCAGAGAGAGCACCUGGAUUUUGUUUUGCCAGAGCUUCAGUUGCAGUUAUGUUUAAACUUGGACCAGCAUGAUUGGCCUUUCUUGCACUCUAUUAAAUCUGUUUCAGAGCUUUACCUGAAGUAUAUCCAAGAAGCCCGGAAUCUGGGCAGCACCAUCCGGCAGCCCAAGUUGUCUAAUCUCUCACCAUCAGUAAUUGCACAGACCAACUGGAAAUUUGUUGAAGGUUUGCUUAAAGAAUGCCGAAAUAAGACCAAGAGGAUGCUAGUGGAAAAAAUGGGCCGUGAAGCUGUGGAACUUGGUCAUGGUGAAGUGAACAUUACAGGCGUUGAAGAAAAUACAUUGAUAGCCAGUCUCUGUGAUCUCUUAGAAAGGAUAUGGAGUCAUGGUUUGCAAGUGAAGCAGGAUAGAAGCUGUACUACUUUCAUCCUAGAAGAUAGAGCAUCAGUAUACUCUGCUACAACUCAGAUUUGGGCUUUUCAGACCAGCAAACGGCCAACCCUACAUAAGGGGAAGUCUGCUUUGUGGUCACACUUGUUACAUUACCAAGAAAACAGGCAGAGAAAACCUACAUCAGGAAGCUUCAGUCCCUCAGGUAUACUUCCAGAUUCAGAAAGAAGGAAGUCGGAUGCCAGCCCAGUAAUGUCUCCCUUAAGGGUGUCUCUUAUCCAGGACAUGAGGCAUAUCCAGAAUAUUAGUGAAAUCAAAACAGACGUUGGUAAGGCUAGAGCUUGGGUUCGGCUGUCCAUGGAAAAGAAAUUGCUCUCUAGACAUCUGAAACACCUUCUUUCUGAUCAUGAACUCACAAAAAAACUCUACAAACGUUAUGCUUUCCUCCGCUGUGAUGACGAGAAAGAGCAGUUUCUUUAUCAUCUCUUGUCAUUCAAUGCUGUUGAUUAUUUUUGUUUUACCAAUGUUUUUACAACAAUCUUGAUUCCAUACCAUAUAUUGAUUGUUCCUAGCAAAAAGCUUGGUGGCUCAAUGUUCACAGCCAAUCCAUGGAUAUGUAUUUCAGGAGAACUGGGUGAAACAGGAGUCCUACAGGUUCCCAGAAAUACGCUAGAGAUGACAUUUGAGUGUCAGAAUCUGGGAAAGCUUACUACAGUACAAAUAGGACAUGAUAAUUCUGGUUUGUAUGCAAAGUGGCUAGUGGAAUAUGUUAUGGUCAGAAAUGAAGUAACAGGCCAUACUUACAAGUUUCCAUGUGGGAGAUGGCUUGGAAAAGGGAUGGAUGAUGGCAGUUUAGAGAGGAUUCUGGUGGGAGAAUUGCUGACAUCCCACACUGAAGUGGAUGAAAGACAGUGUAGAACCCCACCUUUGCAGCAAUCCCCAAGCAUGAUCAGAAGAUUUGUGACUAUAUCACCAAACAACAAACCAAAGUUAAAUACAGGCCAGAUACAAGAAUCUAUUGGUGAAGCAGUAAAUGGAAUAGUCAAACAUUUCCACAAGCCUGAGAAAGAGAGAGGCAGUUUGACACUUCUACUUUGUGGAGAAGGUGGGCUUGUCUCAGCUCUUGAGCAAGUGUUUCAGCAUGGAUUUAAAUCACCCAGGCUCUUCAAAAAUGUUUUUAUUUGGGACUUUCUAGAAAAAGCACAAGGAUAUUAUGAAGCUGUAGAUCAAAAUGAAUUAGUCCCAGAGGAAAACUGGCAGACAAGGGCCAGGAGUUUUUGUCGCUUUGUGACAGCCAUCAAUAACACUCCUAGAAACAUUGGGAAGGAUGGAAAGUUUCAGAUGCUGGUAUGCCUUGGAGCCAGAGACCACCUCUUGCACCAUUGGAUUGCUUUGUUGGCAGACUGCUCUAUCACAGCUCAGAUGUAUGAGGAUACAGCACUGAUAAAGGAUCAUACCCUAGUGAACUCCUUGAUACGGGUACUGCAGACCUUACAGGAGUUCAACAUCACAUUGGAGGCAUCCCUUGUUAAAGGAAUUGACAUCUGAUCUGCCUCUCUGCAAGCACCAUGAAAAGCAACAAGCAACAAACUUUAAUUAGUAUGCAAAGAUUUUAUCUGCUAAUACAUUGCAUUGUGAACUCCAAAAAUCCACAUCACUCAAUUCUUCUGGAAGGAAGCUCCAAAUAGAGUGUGGAGAAAUGGAAGCUGUAAACCCAAUGUAUAGAUGGGAAAAGAUUCUUAUAAAUCAAUUUUAGAGUUUAUUUGUUGAUUUGCUUUUAAACACUUUCAUGUGAAAGAGUUAGAUAACAAGUAUUGUGUAGCUUAUUUUAAAGCUGCAAUAUUUCCUUGCCCUCGAAAAUGGUGCAGUGAGGCUCUUGGCAUUCUCUGAACUUGCCUUCAGAUUGUAUAAUGCACACAUUCCAUUUCUGCAAAGGGUCAUUCAGCAAUUUUAAAUCUAAUGUUUAUGUUUUAUGUUAAUAUUAUCAUCACUGGCUUUUCCCCUGUUGAGUCACUGCUGUGCUAUAAGAAGUACAAGUUUAAAUAUUGGUGUUUUUUUAGUCUUGACAGCAAGGCUUUUUAAAAUUUUUCCUGUCAGUAUUAUUUUUCAGGAGAUGUAUAGAGGAACGAACCAUUCAGAGGCUUAGAAAUCAGUGGUAUUUUUUCAUAGGGUACGAUAUUGCACAGAAAAAAAUUGUAGCGUGUUUUUAACUGACAUAUUUAUUUAACUUCUAAUCAUGUUGUACUUUUUUGUCUUUAAAAAGAAAAUAGUAUACUUAGGCUGUUACAUGUCCAUUGUGUGUUCAAUUUGGGGAUCUAAUUAGAGUGCAGCCACCCUAAAAGGCCCAGAGUAAGAAUGUUGCUUAGAAAAAUAAGUUUAAUUGUGGCUCUGUCUUUUGAACCCAACUUGUUUAUAUGCAAUAACCUUUUAACUAAUAAAUACUAAAGUGGUAAUUCUAAAGCCCAAGUAUAGUUAAUGUAGUAACUGUCUAAUCCCCAGUUUACUGCAAUAUCACAUACGUGCUUAGAAUGGGACACAGCAACACCUUCACAAUUGUGAAUCAUUGCUGCAUGACUGGCACAACUUUUUAACAUCAUAGGCACAUGCUGGUGCAGAUAUUUGGGGUUGGGUAAGAGUGAGGUCAGUAUUACUGUGACUUGCCUAUGCUGCUCCUCAGCUAAUGCCAUGUAAAGGUUUCAGGACUUCCUUUUGGUAACAUCAGAACAGACAAGAACAUACAUAAGAUUUUUUGAAAUGCUUGAGCGCUCGCUUGCUAAUUCUUGUUUAAUUAAAAGACUGGAUUUCUUUGAUGCUUAUAAAUGUGUACAAAACUUAAGCUUGCCCUUAUAAUGUUCAGAAUUUGUGGACUUUUUCAAUAGUAAAACCUUAAUUGCAAAAUCUAAUGAAUGCCUAGAAGCAACUGUUCUUGUUAGAAUUCUCCACUGAAAUCCCUAGGCAACACAUACCUGAAGAAACACUAAGAUGUUCUAUACAGGGUUUUAAGUCUCUUAAGAUGCCAUCACUGUAUAAACAGUAUCUUGAUCAUUAGGAUCUUUAACAUAAGAAGUGAUGAUAAGGGAGUUUUCAGUUGUCAGGUUCUCCAACAUGUAGCAUUAUUCUUUAUUUCCUACAUUUUGUGGUCAUUUUUAUUCAAAUAACUUAAAAAUAUAGCACAUGUAUGUAUUAAAUUUUACUAUUUUUACUUUUCUUGUGUUGAUUUUUUUAAUACAUUAACAAAUACUUGUUUGUAUACCCUUUAUUUCAUACUUCAGUUGGGUUCUCUUGUUGAAAUACGCCAAAGACUUGAAAGAAUGCUGUCCACUGAUGGAUUAAUAUUUUUGCAGCUUCACAUUCCCUAAUCUUGAAUAAAAGCCCUGUAUUGGGUAUCUAUACAAGAUAAAAUAUUCUGUUGAUUAUAGCUGACAGCUUUUUACUUCAACCAAGAAAAUUAUGAAAGCAUACUUAACAUACAUUGUAGCUAGCUUACUUCAGCGUUAUCUUUGAAAUCCUGAAUACAAAGUGACAGUUUGAAUGGUGCUUCCUUUUCAUCAUUUUUUAUUGAGGCAAAUAUAUCAAUGCUAUUGUGCACUAGUUUGUUGAUGCUGGUUUCAAGUAUAUUGUGUUUAAAAUCUAUUUAGGCUUUGUUCAUACACUAUCAAGUAACCAGGUACUGACGAUAAUGAACUUCUUGGGACAAAUUGUUCAGGUAAAAUCUUUUAAAAGCAGCUAAAAUGGUAAGGUAAAACUAUCAAAGAAAAAUAAAACAUUAAGUGAGCCUUGUCUUGUAAUGUCAGCCCCGCAUUUAAAUGGCCAAGCCACUUUUAAAACUGAGAAGCUUUCUCAAAGCCAUUUGUGGUGUGUAUUGCACACAUGCACACACUGGUCAGCUCUUCAAAGAUAAAAAGAUGGAUUUGUUACUCUUGCUGUACUUAUCAGAGGCAUAUACACUGCAUGUCACUGGUGUUCAUUAUGUUGUAUAAUGCAAGUAGAUCUAGCUCCAACAUAUACCCUCCCCUUGCAGCUGUGCCUGAAUGGAUUAAAUAUGACAUAUUCAUGAGCUUUCCUCUUCGAGAAAAGAAAAAUAUAACAAUCCAUGAAUUCAUGGCAAUACCAAUGUAGCACCAACAUUUUAAAUAUACUAUUAUAAUCAUACCAUGUGUACUUUAUUUAUACUCUACUUUUUUGUUCUUUUGCAAUUUAAGCAGACAAGCGUACAAGCUGAUUCAGGUUUACAUACAUCAAUAUAUGUGAGAAUUUUCCUGCAAAACUAGGCUCAAUUUAAGUUUUUAGCUUGGCAGUGGUUGCUGUAGUAUGCAAUAUCAAUGCCUAAACAAAAAAGCUAUCAAAAUUCCUGCAAAUGUGCUGUAAAAUCUUUUUUUCUAAAUGGACAUAGAUUUAGAACAGAACCCAGUGCCUCCUGUUUUCUUAGCAGACCUGUUCAUGGUUUCUCCAGAAUAAAAUCAUAUUCCAUAAUUAAAAUGUUUCUUCCCUUUUAAUAACGUUGAAGGUAGUGGAGGCCUAUUCUUUUAAAAUGGAGGCCAAAUCUCCAAGCGUAUAACAUUUUAAAUAAUAUUCAGUAUCAAGAGAAAUUUUGGUUUAUCUGUCUUUGCCAACUUUGAGGUGUCUUUUAUAUUGAUUGGUAACACUUGAAAUAAAAAGUUAAUUUUUGGCAAGAUACUCAUUUUAAUUGCAGAAAUUCUUCCUAUCCAGGAUAGUUUCAAUUUGGACCACCUUUCAAGAUCUUUUUGAAUCCUCCUCCAUAAUACUUAAUAAUUAUCCUUAAAUAAUGCUUCCUUUUGUCCUAUUAUAUUUAUAUCAAGAUUUCACUGGGUUCACUGCUAUUUCACAUCCCGACAACCCCUCAAUUUUUUCUUCUUGCCUUGUUAACAAUUUAGGUAUUAUUUUAGUUUUUUUCCUGUUGACUUUAAAUCCUGAAAACUUUCCAAAACAUAUAAGAUGGUCCAUAACAUAUUGCAGAGUCUGUUGUGGAUUCAAAAUCAUCAAGACAACAUCAUCUGCAUAACAUUUCAAUUUAAAUUCGUCAUCAACUUUCAAACCUUUAAUUUUAGAGUCCUGUCUCAACUUUGAAGCAAAAAUUUCCAUUGCUAUAAUAAAUAAUUGUGGUGACAGUGGACAGCCUUGUCUAGUGCCCUUUUCAAUUUGUAAUUCUUCUGUUAGUACCCCAUUAAUUAAAAUCUUGGCCUUUUGCUUUGUGUAAAUUCCUUGUAUCCAGUUCUUGAACUUUGAGCCACAAUUUAAAUUCUGUAUUACUUUUUGUAAAAAGAUUUGAGAUUGUCAACUGCUUUUUCAGCUUCCAUUUUUGUGUGGAAUAUGUAUAUGGGAGAGUGUGGACAAAUUGCUUUUGUAAUGGCUCUCUCAGCAAGAAUGAACUCUUGCUUGGCAUAGUUGACUUGGUUUCUAUUGAUGUCUGGAGAGUUGAAAAAAUACUUGAAAGCUAUUAUGUUUUCUUCUCAACGUUCUAUUUCCUUUUAUACUUAGAGGGUGGUUAUUAACUUCCCUUAAGAUACAGCAUCAGUUACAAAUAUAUAUAAAAAAUCGGCCAUUGAAGUUUACAGCACCCGAACAGAAAGCUGUGUUUCUUUUUUAAUUUCCUAACUGUAACUUGAAAUUUUAAAUGUUUCACAGAUGUAGUUUAUUUUACUGAACUGCAAUAAAGUUUUCUUCUGACAUG